UCUUUCUCUGUUUCAGAAUCAGAAAAAUGGAAUACCGACCAUUAGAAAUCACCGUGAUCGCUGCAAAAGAUAUCAAAGAUGUCAAUAUCUUCGGCAAGAUGGACGUCUACCUCGUUGCUAACCUCAGCGGCGAUAACCUGACGAAGCAGAAAACUCCGAUCGACAAGGACGGUGGAACGAAUCCUAAAUGGAAUUUCCAGAUGAAAUUCAAUAUCGACGAAGACGCGGCUCUAAAGGGCGGUCUUGUUCUCAUCUUUCAACUCCGUUGUGAUCGCAGUAUCGGUUCCGAUAAAGAUAUCGGCGUAGUACACGUCCCUGUCAAGGAGCUCCUCGAUAACGCUAACGCAGGGGAUGAAAAAUCCGCCCAAUUCGUUAGCUAUCAGGUCAGGACAUCUUCUGGUAAGCCCAAAGGCCAAUUGAAUUUCUCUUACAAGUUUGGCGACAAAAUUACUGUUCCGGCACCGACCGUAUCGAAGGGAGAUGAACCCGUCACCGCCUACCCUGCGUCCUCAGGGACGAGUAGCGGUGGGUAUCCUCCGCCGGGGGCUUCUGGUUAUCCUCCGUAUGGGGCUUCUGGUUAUCCUCCGCAAGGUGCAUCUGGUUAUCCUCCGCCGUCACAAAAUGCGUAUCCAUAUCCGCCGCAGCCGGUGGCAGGGUAUGGGUAUCCACCACAGGGGGUUUAUCAAAACCCACCGCCUCCACCAGGGUAUGGUUAUCCACCGGCGCCGGGUUACGGGUACCCGCCGAUGCAGCAGCAGCAGCAACAACAGCCGAAGAAGAAUAAGUUUGGGAUGGGAUUGGGAGCUGGGUUGCUGGGAGGAGCGCUUGGUGGGCUUUUGAUAGGGGAUAUGGUUUCUGACGCUGCGUAUGAUGGUGGUUAUGACGAUGCUGGUGGUUUUGAUUUCUGAUUUUUCCAUUUGUUUUCUGAACCUCUUUCUUUCUCUGUAUGUAAUUUGAACCUUAUAGUUUGAUCCUUAUCUAUAUCUUUCCAUAUAAUUGCUUAAUCGUUUGG